GUCGCUCGGCCCCAUCACACGAGGCCACAAGGGGAUGGAAUGACCACUGACCAGCUUCUGCUCCGUCGCUGCGUGUCAGCUAGCUUUGGGGGGUGGGGCAGCACGACGGCCGGCCAUGGCCGCCGUGGCAAACACGGCGGUGGUUGCAGCGAGCGCCAACCGCAGCAGCAGCAGCCGCGGCCGCCCAGGCGCCGCCACGGCGAACAGAGCGUUUGUUGGCACAGGAUUUGCCGGUGCGCGGAAUGCGUGGGCGGCGGGGAGGCCGCCGCCGCCGCGCCGCGGCGUGACCGUGAGGACCCAGGCCGGUGCGGCCGGGGUGCGGCCGUCGUCGUCGUCGCCGGACGCCGUGACCUACAGCGCGAGCAUCUCCACCGACACGCCCCUCCACGAAGCCCCCGGGGCCUCCUUCGACGAGUACCUCCAGGACCGCGCGCGCGUGUUCCGCGCCAUGUUCCCCGACGAGAGCAGGAGCGAGCGGCUCGGCGAAGGGGAGUGGCGGAUCCAGAUGCUGCCGCUGCAGUUCCUCCUCCUCACCGUGCACCCCGUCGUCGUCAUGCAGCUGCGCCACCGCGCCGGCGGGCUCGAGCUCCGAAUCACUGAGUGGGAGCUGUGGGGACUGGACAGCGGCUACGCGCCCUUGAGCUUCGACCUCGGCGUGAGCGGGUCUCUGUACGCGGACCGGAGCCGCGGCCGCGCCGCCGGGUGCCGGAUGAAGGGCCACCUCGAGAUCGCCAUCACCGUCGUCCUGCCGCCGCCCCUGCGCCUCGUGCCGGAGAGCGUCCUGCGCGGCGUCGCCGAAUCGGUUCUGUCGAGGCUGGCGGAGAAGAUGAAGCGCGACGUGGACGUCGGCCUCAUCGCCGACUUCCGGAAGUUCCGCCGAGAGAAGGCGGCAGCGUCCAGGGCCAGGCCAACGCUCGACGCGACGGCAUCUGCCAGAGACGAAGCCUCUGAAAGCUAGAAUCGCUCACGAUCUGUGCACCGUCCCUUGUACAUGGAGAACCAUCUUUGUGCAACAUGAAUACAUGGUUGAUUCAUUUA